CACAUGGGCAGGGAAAAAAGUACAGGGUGAGAGGAGGAGGGGACAGAAAAGCUUAGACAGCUUCUGGUUUUGCUUUCAAACACUCGCUGCAUGCCAUAUCACCUCCCCGUGCAUACAAAACUGGCGUGGCACAGACACUCUCAUUCAAACACAUUCAGAGAGCAAUCCCAUCUACACAAACACACAAACACACAGCUUGUGUCCAGCCACCCACUCGGACGACUGGGACUCUGACGGAGAGCACCUGCAGGGAAUUCUACACACUCACAGCCAAAACAGACAUACGCCUGCUUCGCUGGAGUUUCAGAGCUGCCAGCACUACUGAUUGGACGUGUGUAAGCGCAUGUGAGAGGAACUGGAUCUUCCCUGAAUUUGGCCCAAUGUCAAACGAAGACUGUCGUUCCCCCAUUGGCCUGGACUGCUGCAGCUGCUGCUUGGAUCUGGCCAAUGAAUGUGAGACAGAACCAGGGAGAUCUGGACUUCCAAGCCUGGGAAGCCCGACCUCCAUCAGUAACUUUAGACAGCUCCGGGACCAGCUGAUCUUCCAGAACCUGAACACAGACAAGCUAAACACCAUCAUGAGACAGGACUCGCUGGAGUCGGUGGUGCGUGACCCCUGCUACCUGCUCAACGAGGGCAUCUGCAACAGCAACAUUGACCAGACCAUGCUGUCAAUUCUGCUCUUCUUCCACAGUGCCUCUGGUGCUAGCGUUGUGGCCAUAGACAACAAGAUCGAGCAAGCAAUGGAUCUUGUGAAGAACCACCUGAUGUAUGCAGUCAGGGAGGAAGUGGAGAUCUUGAAAGAGCAGAUCAAGGAGCUGGCUGAAAAGAACAACCAGCUGGAGCGCGAGAACAGCCUGCUGAAGAACUUGGCGAGCCCAGAGCAGCUGGAGAAGUUCCAGUCACGUCUUCCAUCAGAGUCCCAGCUUCCGCUGGAAACGCAAGGGAUGGAGACGUCCGAGCACCGCAGCCAGUACAAAGGCUCGGCUGUAUAAGUGGCUCUGCAUUGGGGCGGGCAGAGCCAUGACUCCCACCUGAAAUGGACCUCACAAAGUUGUCGUCGUUGUUGAUGUGCAGCUUCCAAACGAAGCUGGCUGUACAGACGGGGAAGAACCUCGACCCAAAUGAAAGCCUCCGACGUUUCCAGGGCCUUUGCCUCUUCUGUAAUACCCGACAAUCUCUUCGGACUUAUGCGGAAAAAGAGAGAGUGAUGUAGGUUACAGUAAGACCAGACGACCGGCCGCGUGGAGGGCGAACCCGGCCUAGCUUUUCUCUCGCUGCCUAUUGAGGACGAGAGGGGCUUGUCUGACAGUGCUGGUCCUGAAAAAAAGCACCAAGGGAACGUUCCCUUAGAGACUUGCUUUCAGAGUCACAAGAGCCCCAUGUGGAGUUCUCAAUGCUACAAGCUACCUGGGAUUGCACAUAGUCAAGCCUGUUGACUGUGCUUAUAAGCUCACAUUAGUGGUUUCACAUGCACACAUCCACAAGAGCUUAUGUAGUUGAGCUGGACUUUUUGGUCCAUGCUAUUACAUUUGGUGAUUUUUAGUCACAUGCUUCAUAAGAAUCUUUUGUAUUCUUUGCAGACGGGGCUUGCUGCUUGUAAGGGAUGUUCUGCUUUGGUUUUUCUUUUGAAACUGAACAAAAUCGACUCUUGUAAACUGUUGAUUCUUUUGUGGGGGUAGUGAUGUGUAUAAAUUUGCUUAGAUCUGUAAAUUAGCACGAUGUAAAGAAACGUGAUGGAUUGAUGGAGCGGAGCAGUAUCUGCUCUUUUUUUUUUUUGUUUUUGUUUUUUUGCAUAUGCACUCUUGAUCUUGCCAGCUUGCUCACUGGCAGGACUUGUCUGUGUAUUCAUGUUGUCAGAAGAAGACAGCAUGCUCUUGAGCUAACAUUUCUAACUACCAAAGUCUCACUUCAUACUCGCGUCACUCAUGACCAUGUUCAUGUGGCGAAGGUUGUUUUUUGUUUUUAUCUGUUUUUAUGACAUGAGUGUUGUUGCUUUCACUGUGUCCAUUGAACAAUGUUUUUAACAAUGUAUGGAUACAAAAUGCACAUAGCAAUAAACCUUAUGUUUACACUAAA